AUGCCCGCCCUCACAAUAUCAGCGAACACCAACAACAAGGGCCCCGUGGCCCCCCGCACAGCCGCGACGCCAACAGAACCGCCGCGCGCCGCCUCACCCGCCAACGGCCCUCCCAUGUCGCCCAUCACGCCUCCCCUCCGCGCCGCCCAACUCUCCUCCCCCGCGCCCCCCCUGACGCACACGACGCAGGAGACGCCCGCCGCCACGCUCCCGCUCGCGCCCGGCCCGCAACCCAUCGACUUCGAGGGCAACCCGGACGCCAUCGCGCUGCGCUCCGCCAUCGCCGUGCUGCAAGUCCAGCGCGCGCGCGCCGCCGCCGACAUGCGCGCCCUCAGCCGCGCCAAGGACGCGGCCGUCGACGACCCGGAGGCCUUUGUGCGGGACCUCGUCGCCGGCAAGGUCAACCACCACCACUCCGGGGAGGCGCAGGGUGACGGGGCGGUGUGGGCGACGCUGCCGAGGCCGCAAGAGGUGGUCAGGUGCCCGCCGAUCAACUGGUCGCAGUACGCGGUGGUGGGCGAGUCGCUGGACAAGCUGCACGCGGAGCAGGUGGCGCGCCCGACGCAGGGGGGGCCGGCGGCGUACGUGCCGGGGCACGCGGGCAUGUACGAGUUCAGGGGCGGGCACGGCCGGCAGGAGGCGUAUCAGGGCGUGGCGGUGCCGUACAACCCGGUCAAGGACAGGGUGGACAGGAAAGCCACGAGCAAAGCAAGAAAGUAG